UUUUGCAAAACAAGUAAAAAAGAUUUGUCAUCUGGGAAAAAUUGAAAAAGUGCACUAAUUAUUAAAAGCUGUUGAAAAUUGUAAUAAAUGUAAAAAUACAAAAAGCAAAAUCACCAAGAAGCCCGUACUGCAAAACUGUUUGUGCUAAUCAAUAAGUUGAAUCGUUUUUGACGUCGAUUAAGGGAAAGUUGGUAGGAAAAAGAAAAGGCCAAAAAGCAUUAGCGCAGUGCCAGCAGUUGUGUGACACCAAACAAGCAAAUAUACAUUGAAAAUUAGCGACGUAACUGGUAAUAGGGGAGAACUCAGCCAAUAAUCGAAUUUUGAAACAAAGAAAGCUGUACCAGUCGACAUCAACGAGCAGUGAGUGUAGUCUUCGAGGACGAGGGCAAACUUUGCUCUACCACUCCCUUCUUUUAGUCAAAAUCUGCAUAGGUACCUAUAUAUUUCAGUUUGUUGGUGAUCAACCAAUAAUCAACCACAGUGUCUACCUACGAGAGCAUGGAUCUGCAGCAUAUGGAGAAUGGCAUCAGUGGCGGUGGCCAUGGUGCUGGAGUAGGGCCCACGGGCGGCUUCAGUGAAAAUGAUUUCCAACGUCUUGCGCAAACCAUCGCGACAAGCAUACAAAAAAUUUUACAAAAUGUGUCCACUAUGCAACGCAUGGUUAACCAGUUCAAUACGCCACAGGAUUCGCCUGAUUUGAAGAAACAGCUACAUCAAAUAAUGACCUAUACGCAUCAAUUGGUUUCGGACACAAAUAAUCAAUUGAAAGAGGUGGAUAAGUGCAAGGAACGUCAUUUGAAAAUACAACGCGAUCGGCUGGUAGAUGAGUUCACCGCUGCUUUAACCGCAUUUCAGGCCGUUCAACGCAAAACAGUCGAUAUCGAGAAAAAUGCUGUUCGACAAGCGCGUGCGCACAGUUACAACAUUAGCAAACCACCGGGCACGAACAACAGCAGUGGCAGUGGUGGUACCAGUGGCAGCAACAAUAGUGGCUCCUUCUUCGAGGAUAACUUUUUCAGUCGCAGAUCAAAUCAAUCACAACAACAAACACAAAUGCAAGAAGAAAUCGAUUUACAAGCGCUUGAAGAACAGGAACGUCAAAUACGUGAACUGGAGGAAAAUAUAGUUGGUGUGAAUGAAAUCUACAAGAAGCUCGGCGCCAUGGUGUACGAACAAGGUCUAACUGUUGAUUCGAUUGAAUCGUCCGUGGAGCAGACAAGUGUGUUUGUGUCACAGGGUGCUGAUAAUCUGCGUAAAGCCAGUUCAUAUAAAAAUCAAGUGCGUAGGAAGAAGCUUAUUUUGGUUGGCAUCCUUUCAGUGGUAUUAUUCAUUAUCAUAAUGAUUCUUGUAUUCGAAUUCAAACAAUAAUUAUUGCGUGCAUUAGAAAGUA